CCCCACUCACCAUGGCCAUCGCUUGGUUACCGGACCACCGCAGAGGAAACAGGCAGCCAAGAUUCCUGGGUGCUGUCAAGCAACCAUGUACAGCAGCGGCUACUCCCAGGUCUCCAAGCCCAGGCCAGGGGCCCAAAAGAGGAUGCAGUACCGCUCGAAGGGCAAGGGCUGUGGCUACUACAUGCGCAUUGUCUUCUUCUUCUCUUCGCUCAUUCAGUCCCUGAUCAUAGUCAGCCUUGUGCUCUUUCUGGUCUACGGUAAGAAGCAGGACUCAGCGUCCUCAGACCGCAUUCAGGACCUGGAGGAGAGCUUCAGCCGACUCUCCAUAGAGAACGUCGCCCUCAGGCAUCAGAGGAGGAACCUGACCAACUUACUGAACACCACCCUGACUCUCAAGGCCCGCAACGACUGGGACCUGGAAAAGUUCCGCCAUUACAGCAACAUCUCAUCGCUCAUCAUCCAAGAGUAUGACAAGAAACUGCAACAGUGCAAACGCGACUGGUUCUUUUGCACCAACUCUCCAUGUAUUUCUUGUGACUGCUCAUCAAGAACUAACUGUGACUGUGGCCUGCUGGCUGAGCGUCUGAAAACUCAGCUUGAGUUUGUGCAGUCCAACUUCACCCAAACGGUAAAGAGGAUGAGGAUAGAAAUGGAACAGAUUGCCAAAGAGAGGGACUACAUUAACCUGGAGGCCAUCCGUCUGAGGAGGGAAAAAUCCACACAAGAAAAAGAGUUGCAGUUCAACAAACAAAGAUGUAAAGAUGACUUCUUCCAGUCCUUGAGCGGCGUCUCCAACGUCUCCAAGGCAUUCCUCUCGAAGAUUGAAUCCCUCUUCCCCACACACCUUGCCUUCCAGCUCACCUGCUCGAAACAGAGGGAAUACCUGGAGCAGAUCCACACCAACUGCACCAGCCUGUCCAGAGAAGUGGAGGACAAGUUUCAGCGUUACCUGAACAGUGUGGGAGACCAGGUGUCGGACAUCCAUGGCGAGAACAGCCGCCUGAAGGCAGAGAACUGGCGCCUGUCUGAUGACUACCGCCGUUGCACCCAGAACCGCACGGGCCUGAUCCAGGAGCACAAACAGAGGUUAGACAGGCUUCAGCAGAAACACGAUCAGGACAAGGAGAAACUCCUGGUUGAUAAGAUGAAGUUAAAUGGAGACAUAGAUGUCCUGGUAAACAAUGUCAAGUUUAAAAUUAAGGAAGUGGAUCACCUCACACUGCAAAUCAGACAUCUCAACCAGUCCUGCAUGUCUAAGACCGGGUCUGGUGGAUUUGCCAGUGGGUCUCGGACAAGCACGUCAAGUCAGCCUGGGUGGGGUGCGUUUGGUGUUGGGGGAUCCAGCUCCUCAUCAUCCAGCUCUGCUAGUGGGGGUCACCUUGGUAGGACAGGGUCAGGUGGGUUGGGUUCAAGCCUUGGCUCUUCCGGAUCAUUGUUCAAUAAGCCAGGAUCAACUGGGACCGGCUCCUCAAGCUCAUCUUUCUUGUCACCUGGGUCAAGUUCAAGCCUUGGCUCCACUGGA